AGUGGGGGAUAGAAAGUGCUUAUAAAUGACAUGAUAACUAGCAAAUAUUCAUCAUUAAGUAAAACUGAGACAGUCAGGAAGAUCAUAACGUGCUGUAGAAGUAAAUAAAAAAUUCAAAAUGAAGAUGAUUCUAAUACUAAGUGCUGUGGUGGCCAUAGCCAUCGCUAGUCAACAAGAUGCAUGGAAAUCAAGAUUUAAUUCGCAAAUGGUUCGUAUGAAUGAUAAAGUCGAUGGUAUUUUCAAGAAAUCUAGCUCCUCAUCAUCAUCUGAGAGCAUUGAGGAUAAAUCAUUAAUUAACCGCUUUAAAGAUGCCUUAAACUGUACGAUUGAUCCACCACCAACAUUAGAUGAGCUUUAUCAAUUCUACCAGUGGGUACAGAAGUACAAUAAGAGUUACUACACACCAGAGAAUAGAUUGUGUAGAACAAUUCAUGUGAUUCGUCAUAUUCGUCAGAUUAAUGCUCAUAAUGUGUUGUAUGAGCAAGGACUAGUCAGCUAUAAACGUGGAUUGACUGACUUUUCUGAUUAUUCAUCUGAGGAGAAUUACGAUCGACUUUUAUUGAAGGAAGCACCAAUAAUUGAAGAUACUUUACAAGGAUCUACUGAUUUGCCAAUUUUGCCACCAGCAAGAGACUCCGUAGACUGGAGAAAUGAAGGCUUAGUCUCACCAGUUGGUUCUCAAUGGAAAUGUGGAAGUUGCUAUGCAUGGGGUGGUGCUGUUGCUUUAGAAGGUCAACUGAGGAAAUGCAAAAUAUCCAGCGAAUCUGUUUCUAUUCAAUUAAUGGUUGACUGUCCAAAUCACGGUGUCUGGGGAUGCUCAUCUGGAUGGCCUUACUAUGUCUUCAAAUGGCAAAUGUCUGGAGGAAUCUUGCCAGCCUCAAAAUAUCCAUACAAAGAUACUUCUGGAAAGUGCAACUAUAAUAAGUCUGACGUCAUAGCUUACGUUGACACUCCAUACAAGUUUAAUUUUACUGAUGUUGGUGGAAAUGCUACAUUUAUCAAACAAGUUGUGUCAGCGACCGGACCAGUUUCUAUUAUUAUUUGUGUAGAUAAGAGCUUGUUCCAGUAUAAAUCAGGUGUCUAUACCACAAAAAAUUGCUGCAAUACUGUUAAACAUGUUGUAGGGAUUGUUGGAUAUGGAACUGACCCUAAAUUUGGUGACUAUUGGAUCAUUAAGAACAGCUGGGGCACAAACUGGGGUGACAAAGGCUUUGCUAAAAUUGCAAGGGGAAACAACUUGUGCAUCACUGAAAACUAUGUCCAAUAUGCAUCGCUUAAGGAUGUAAACGGCAGAAAGUGCGAUUUAAUGAGUUAA